AUGGAAAAUACCAAAAUUUCUGGUGUAAAUAUCGAUUUAAAUUGUUUUCCAAACAGUUUUCUUGAUAAUUUUGAAAAGGACAACGUACCUUUCAAACUUAAUGAAUCUCAUCCGAUACACGAUAUCGACUAUAACCAUUUGAAAAAAACAACUAUUGAGGAAAAUAAUAGAAUCGCUAAAUGUUUUGGAUCACAGCAUGCUUUAAAGAAUUCUAUAGAGAGAAAUAUGUGCUCACAAUCAACCAGACUCCCUGGAAUCACAAGUAGUAUGCUUUCACUGGAAAUUUUAAUGGAUAAACUGGACACUUUAGAGUCAUUUGACUAUAUGAAUACAGAAAAACCAACAAAUGAGUUCGGAAUUGGUGGAAUCCACAGCCAUAUCGAAGACAAAAUGAACAUAUAG